GAGCACCUGAACUCCAUGCGGGAAGCACUCUUUGCCCAGGACGGGUGGGGCUGUCAGCAUGUGAACCAGGACACGCAGUGGGACGUGCCAGCGUCACCGGAACCGAACACCAAGCCUGAUCCCACCUUGAAGGCCACGGUCAACAACGGGACCGAGCUGUGGGAGACAAAUCUGCGCAACGGAGGCCAACCACCCGUUCAGAUACCAUCACAGAAGACACCGUGGGGACCGCAGAGCCAUCACGGUGGCACCUGGGGCGUCGAUGAUGAGGCAAACGCCGAAGCGAGCAAUGUCUGGACCGGAGCACCGGGAGCUGGAGGAUCGGGUAUGACCGGUGGCGGACCGCCACCGGUCGGGGGCUCCAACCCGCUAGUUGGUGGCCAAGCGGCCUGUGGGUCAGCGGGUGGAUGGCAACAGGGUAGUGGUCCAUCGGGAACCGGAGGUAGUGCCACCGGUCCCGUGGGUGGUGGUGGCAUGUGGCCUCCGAGUGGCAUCGUAGGGGCCGGAAUGGCUCCACCAAAGAAGGAUAACGACUGGGGAAGCGGUGGCGGGUCCGGAAUCGGGGCCGGAGCCAGCGUUGGAGGAUGGGGCGGAGGUGAUCAGCGUAGUGGCGUGCUGGGUGGAACGAUCGGCGGCGCAGGUGGUGCCGGUGGCCCCAACGUUCCGCCGCACCUGGCUUCCCAGCUUGACGGACUGUCGAACGUGGACAUUCGAAGCAUGCGUCCGCCGGGAGUGAUGGAGCCGGGACGCGAGUUUCGUGGAGAUCCGCGCGGUAUUUCUGGUCGGCUCAGCGGGUCGUCCGGUAUGCUGGAACACUACCCGCUCGGAAAGAUGCCUCCGCCGGCUGUGAUGUCGUCGGCAAGCGCAACAACGGCCAACACCGGAAAUCAGUGGCAGCUGGGCGGUGGCACUGGCGGAGGAGGCACCGUUGGCGGAACGGGUGUCGGUGUUGGCCCACCGAACGUUCCGUCGGCAAAAGUUAUCUCCGGUUGGGAUGAUAACUCCCCGCCAGCCGUACGGCGUAACCCUAAUCUGGACGAUGGCACUUCGAUGUGGAGCGGUGGGCCCGGUGGUGCUCGGGGAACUGGCGGGGCCACGGAUCCGAUGAUACGCAAUGGUCGCGGUGGACCAUUGGGUGGCCUAAACUCUGGCCCAAUCGUCGGUGGAGGCGGACCGCGAAUGGUGGGCAGCGGUGGUAGUUCUGCCGGGAAUCCGUUAAAAUCUGAGACCAUGUGGAGCGGAAGUCACGGUGGCCCUGGUGGAGUUUUGCCCGGGAGCAGUGGUCCAACGGCACGCAACGGCUCCUGGGAUGAUCCGGGCAUGGGCGGCGGCGGAGCCAGCAACUGGGAUGACAAAAGCGGACCGGGCGGACCGCUCGGUGGAAGCUCCUGGAUGGACGGGGCACCGGGCGCAGGUGGUCCUGUUGGGUUGCAGUCGUGGAACAGCAACAAGAAACCACUCGGCGGCGCACUGUGGGGUGCUGAUGCAGGGAGUGCAGCCAACGACCUGAUGGGCAACGACUGGGGUGUCGGCACCGGGCUCGGUGGUGGUGUCGGCGGUGGUAAGGGUCCCGGCAAGGGACCGCACGCUGGAGGAGGCAUCGGCAGUGGUCCCCUGGAGAUCAUCCGGAGCAGUAAACAAUAUCGCAUUCUGUGCGACAUGGGCUUCAAGAAGGAGGACGUCGAAUUAGCGCUGCGUGCCGCGAACAUGAACCUGGAGGAAGCGGUCGAAAUGCUGCAAAGGAACGGGGCCAAUCCGAACCUGCUUGGAAAUGCUGGUGGUAUCGGCGAUUGGCGGCGCGAUGAACACUCGCUCGGUGGUGGCGUUGGCGGUGUGGCCGGUGGUGGUACCCCUGGUAAUGGGAAUGUUGGCGGCAUGUUUGAGCCGCCCUUUCCGGGAAGCCGCUAUCUUGGUGGUGGUGGCACCGGUGGCAACAGCGGCACCGCUGGAAACGCUGGUGGUCCUUCGCUUCACUUCCAACAGGGCAACCAAAACGGAAUGCCUGGCGGUGGCUCUGGCGGAGGCAUGGGAGGCGGUGGGCAGUCAAAUCUCUCCGGUCUGCACGGACUGUCCUCGAAAUCCCUGGGCAACUACUUAAAUCAAGCCCCACCGCAAAUGGGCGCUAUUGGAGCCGGUUGCGGUCCGGGAAACAUGGCGCCGUUUAAUCAAGGAAUCAACGGAAACAACGGCAUUGGAGGGGGGGCCGGUGGUGGCCAAAGUUCCGUGCAACCAACCAACCAACUUCGCUCGCUCGUGCAGCAAAUUCAGGGGGCUGUGCAGACGGGGUAUCUGAACCCACAGAUUCUCAACCAACCGUUGGCGCCGCAAACCUUUCUGCUGCUGAAUCAACUCUUGAACAGCAUCAAGCAACUGCAGGUGACGCAGAACAAUCUGCAACGCAGCGGAGGUUCCGGCAGCAAUAACCAGAUUGCUAUGAUUGCCAAAAUCAAGCAACAAAUUGCCAGUUUGCAAAAUCAAAUCGCCACCCAGCAGACGUUGUACGUGAAACAGCAACAGCAGCAACAGCAACAGCAAGUACAACAGCAGCAACAACAUCCACAGCAGCAACAGCACCAGCAACACCAACAUCAUCCACAUCAUCAUCAACAUCAUCAGCAGCAUCAUUCCGGAGGGGGCAACUCGUCGUCCCACCUUGGUGGUGGCCAUCUCGGAGGCAAUUUCCACCGUGAGCAGAACGAUCUUUCCGCGCUGCAAAAUAGUCUGUCGGAUAUCGCCCUCGGCAGCAAGGAGCACAAUGUACCGUACCACCCGGGCGCACCCGCCAUUGGUGGCAGCGGCGGCGGUGGAGGCAGUGGUGGUGGCGGUGGCUCCACCAGUCAGCAGUCGCGCCUGAACCAAUGGAAGCUGCCAGCGAUGGAUAAGGACAACACUAGUAACAGCCACGAUAUGACCGAUUUCUCCCGAGCUCCCGGAACAACGGCAAAGGCGACACUCGGUGGCAAUAAUGGUGGAACUGGUGGUAUGGCCGGUCUAGGAGGAUUGCAGAACGAUGGCACGUGGUCAUCGGGACGCGGUGGGAUGGUUGACUCCGCUGGUGGCUGGCCAGACAACUCAACGACCGACAAGGAUGCAUGGCCAUCCAAUCAGGACUCGUUCACUGAUCUGGUGCCUGAGUUUGAACCGGGCAAACCGUGGAAAGGAACUCAGAUGAAGAUCGAGGAAGAUCCAACCAUAACGCCCGGCUCGAUUGCACGUAGCCCGAUAGCAACGAUUUCGGUAGGCUCGGCCAAAGACUCGGAGUUGUUCGCAAGCAGCAACAAACCGUCCCCGACCGACACGAUCAGUCUAUCCUCGUCGACCUGGAGUUUCAGUGCAAGCACGAGCAGCACCAGUAACAAUAACAAUAAUAACAUCUACACAUCCGGAGCGGGAACAGGCAUUGGCAAGCUGGGUAGCACGGGCAAGAGCACCUGGUCGGACAGUGGCAUGACAGCAGCGGGCACGGCUGAUGUGUGGGGUGCCGGUUCCGGAGUUGGAACAACAAAAACACCUCGCGGGCCGCCACCAGGUUUAUCGAGUGGAAAGCCGCAGACGGCCACCGCCAGUGGUGCAGGAAGCAACGGUUGGAUGCAGCGUCCGAACCAUGGUCCGAGUGGAAAUUGGUCUUCCGCCGGCACAACCGGCGGUUGGUACUCGACUUGGUUGCUUCUUAAAAAUCUCACUGCACAGAUUGAUGGGUCGACAUUGCGUACACUUUGUAUGCAGCAUGGACCGUUGCAAAACUUUCAUCUCUACCUGAACCAUGGCGUCGCUCUGUGCAAAUAUAUGACGCGAGAGGAAGCGAGCAAAGCACAACUGGCACUGAACAGCUGCGUGUUGGGCAAUACAACAAUUUGUGCCGAGUCUCCGACCGAAAGCGAAGUGCAGACCAUUCUGCAGCAUCUGGGACUCCCGGGGCAGAAUGGUGUGGCAACGGCUGGAGUUGGUGGCACGGGCAAUAAUAUAGGCAACUCGGCCAUUUCUCAAGCAUGGCGCUCGAGCGCACCGAACGCGAAUCGAAGCACGGACACCUGGGGCUCGUCGUGGCCGUCUUCCGGUGGCGGCAGUAAUCUGUGGACCCCUUUGGACGGUCCAGCCGAACGGGGUACACCGUCAAACCUUAAUUCAUUCCUUCCCGAAAAUCUGCUGGGCAGUGAGCUAAACUAA